AUGUGUAAGCAGGAUCCGAGCAUUCUGCACACCGAGGAAAUGCAUUUCCUGCGGGAGUGGGUGGAGAGCAUUGGGGGUAAAAUACCACCUGCCCUCAUAAAACUAAAUCAGAAGACUAUCAUAGAAGAAAAACCAGAUAGUAAGAAGGCAAAGGAAAACAUAAAGACAGAUGAACCAUUAAGUGAGGAAAGUGAUCUAGAAAUUGACAAUGAAGGUGUGAUUGAACCAAAUACUGAUGCCUCUCAAGAAAUGGGAGAUGAAAAUGUAGAGUUAACCAAGGAAAUGAUGAAUCAGGCAAAUGAUAAAAGAGUGGCUGCCAUUGAUGCCCUAAAUGAUGGUGAACUACAGAAAGCCGUUGACUUGCUCACAGAUGCCAUCAAACUACAUCCUCACUUGGUCAUUCUGUAUGACAAGAGAGCCAGUGUCUUCAUCAAAUUACAGAAGCCAAAUGCUGCCAUUCAAGACUGUGACAGAGCUAUUGAAAUAAAUCCUGAUUCAGCUCAGCCUUAUAAGUGGUGUGGGAAAGCACAUAGACUUCUGGGCCAUUGGGAAGAAGCAGCAAAUGAUCUUGCCCUUGCUUAUAAACUGGAUUAUGAUGAAGAUGUUAGUGCAAUGCUGAAAGAAGUUCAACCGAGGGCCCAGAGAAUUACUCAACAUUGGAGAAGGUAUGAGUGA